GGUUGUCUAUUUUUACCCAGUGCAUUUGGGCUUGCCCUGUUUCCGUAUUCAGUAGUGGCCAGUGCCUGAAGGAGGAAGGCGGAAGGAACGCGGAGACAAUGCCGGGCCUCGCUGCUCUUGUUACUGUAGCCACUUUGGGAAUGUUGCAAUGUCUCCGCGUUCCAGGGGCGAGCUCCGGGAAAGCGGGCGGCUUCCAGGCAUUUGUGAUCGCCCACAGCCAUAUGGACGUCGGCUGGGUUUACACCGUCCAGGAGAGCAUGCAUGCAUAUGCGGCCAACGUUUACACGACCGUGGUAGAAGAAUUGGUAAAAGGGAAACAGCACAAGUUUAUUGUGGUGGAACAGGAAUUCUUCCGGCUAUGGUGGGACAAGGUGGCCACUGAUGCACAGAAAGAGCAGGUGCAUAAGUUGCUGGAUGAAGGACGUUUGGAGUUUGUCAUUGGAGGUCAGGUGAUGCACGAUGAAGCAGUAACAGAACUCAGCUCACAGAUCUUACAGCUCACAGAAGGACAUGGUUUCCUGUAUGAAACAUUUGGAACAAGACCUCAGUUUUCAUGGCAUGUGGAUCCCUUUGGUGCCUCAGCCACUACCCCAACAGUGUUUGCUUUGGCCGGAUUUAAUGCUCAUCUCAUCUCUCGGAUUGACUAUGAUGAAAAGGAAAUGAUGCAGAAAAACAAGAAGCUCCAGUUUGUGUGGCAGGCAUCUCCCUCUUUGGCCCAGCAGCAGGAAAUCUUCACUCACACUAUGGACCAAUACAGUUACUGUGUCCCUUCCUUUCUGCCAUUCUCCAACAGGUCUGGCUUUUAUUGGAAUGGCAUUGCUGUUUUUCCUGACCCACCAAAAGAUGGAAUUUAUCCUAAUAUGAGCCUCCCAGUGACCAAUGAAACAAUUCGUGCUUAUGCAAAGACAAUGGUAUCCAACAUAAAAGAGAGAGCAGGCUGGUUCCGAUCUAGUCAUGUUCUGUGGCCGUGGGGCUGUGAUAAGCAGUUCUUCAAUGCCUCUGUACAGUUUAAGAACAUGGAUCCAUUGAUGGAUUAUAUCAAUCAACAUACAGAUGAAUUUGGAGUUACAGUGCAAUAUGCCACAUUAAGUGAAUAUAUUCGUGCUGUUCACAAUGCCAACCUCACUUGGGACGUCCGAAAGAACCAGGACUUUCUCCCAUACUCCUCUGAGCCAUUUCAAGCUUGGACUGGAUUUUAUGCCUCUCGGAAUAUACUCAAAGGUCUGGCCCGGAGAGCGAAUUCAUUCCUCUAUGCUUGUGAAUCCCUUUUCACGUUGUACCUCUUGAGAUACCCAUUAGGAUCGGUAGACAAAUUUUGGGCUUUACAACAAAUUCAGCACUUAAGAUGGGCAGUUUCAGAGGUACAACAUCACGAUGCCGUAACUGGGACAGAAUCUCCAAAAGUGAGAGAUAUGUACAUGGCUCACCUAUUUCAAGGGAUUUGGGCUGUGAAAUUAGUGAUGGCUGCUAUAUUUCAAGAAACCCAGAACACUCCAGAGGAUAAAUUGGACUUUCCACUUCCCUAUACUCAGGACACCAGAAAUACAGAGGACGGCGUGUUGCAGAUAACCGUCUACAACCCUCUUGGAUGGAACAUCACCACAAUUAUCAACGUUUCUGUGGCUUAUUCAGGAGUCAGUGUUUAUGAUGAUGCAGGAAACACUGUGCCAUCACAGAUCCAGAAAUCAGUUUCUCACAACACUUUUGACCUGUAUGUUCUUGUAAGACUAAAUGCACUCAGCUACCGAAGAUACCUGGUGAAACAUGAAAAGUCGGCUUGCACCAAGGAACCAGAUGGUCUGUGCUCAAAAAAUCCGACUUCCUUCAGAGGGAGAGUGUUUACGUUUGACAGAAAGCCAGUGAGCAAAUCAAAAAAUCCAGGCCGUAGACUACGUUCAUUGAUGAAUGACUGCUAUGUACUGAUGCUGAAUGAAGACACGAAUUUACUGUACAGCAUCACUGACAGAUCCUCCCAGAAGACUGUCAAGAUAAAGCAGGAGUUCUUGGAGUACUUUGCUAAUGGAGAUGUUAAACAGGGCCCAAUCUCCGAUAAUUACAUAUUCACACCAAAAGGUUUGCCCGUGCUGGUGUCACAGUCGAUUGGAAUGGAAAUAGUCACAGGAAAACUAGUAACUGAAAUCAGACAGUACUUCUAUAGCAACACUUCUGCUAAUGAACAAGAUUACCAAUAUGCAAUAUUCACAAGGAUCUAUCGUGUACUUGAUGGCUAUGAUGCAUCAAUGCUAUGCAAUAGAAUUGAGCAGGAGUAUAUUGUAGGACCAUUGAACCUCAACAGGGAGGCCAUUUUGAGCAUGACUACAGAUAUGAAAACGGACAGAACCAUUUAUACGGACAAUAAUGGCUACCAGAUGAUGAAGAGACUGUACAAGUCAUACAGCAACAAUACUCUGGCUCGAAACUACUACCCCGUUGUAAGGACUGCUUAUAUUGAAGGAAGUGACACAAGGCUUGUCAUAUUAUCUGAGAGAGCACACGGCAUUUCCAGUCAAGCUGAUGGGCAAUUGGAAGUGAUGCUUCACCGAAGAUUAUGGAAUAACAAAGCGUGGAAUCUGGGCUACAACCUUACGCUGAAUGACAGCUCGGUAGUACGGCCACUUUUCUGGUUGAUGUUGGGGUCAAAGGCAACAACUUCAUCGUUACAUCAGAGUGGGCUGGCGCUCGAGUUCAGGCCCAUCAUUAUGUAUGGUCCUGUGUCAGGGAAGAAGACAUUUGUUCCGUCACACAAUUCACAGAGUAACAGUUCAGUGAGUUCUGGCUUUCUCCCACCCAAUCUCCACCUUCUAACGCUUUGCCUGCCUGGUUGGCGAUAUAAUUCAAACCACACCAUGCAUUUGCAAAAUAUAGUCAAAGGUAAACCUAAACAAUCUGAGCCAGAUUUCCGCCGCAUCCUACUGAGAAUUAUGCAUUUGUAUGAAGUGGGAGAAGAUCCUGUUCUGUCCCAGCCUGUGACUGUCAACCUAAAGGAUCUGCUGAAGGUGUUGGGAACGGUGGUAUCUAUUGAAGAACGCUCACUCACAGGGAUCUGGAACAUUAACUCACUCAAACGCUGGAAAUGGAAAACAACACAACAAGACGGUAGAGAUCUUAAAAAUGACAAAAGAUGGCUAACUAAAGACUUCAUCAUCACUAUUCGACCCAAGGAGUUGCGAACUUUCUUUGUAUAUUUUAAAGAGUAGGAAAACUACAAAGAAAAUAUAAAUUUCUGAAAAACUUAUGACUGUAUCGUGCAGGUUCAUGUGUCAAGUUGCAGCUUAUUCUCAUUGCUGGCUUGAAGUAAAAUAAAUGACCAGGUAGCAUCUCUGUCUAAUUUGGAGGAAAAUAGAAAAUAUAAUAUUGUGGCAAGUGGAGGCAAAAGGACACGUGAAUGUACAAACCAACCUUAAAGUAAAUGAAAUAGGAUUGAAGAACAUGCAUCAGGAUGAAACAUACUGCAAGAAAUUGCAAGAAAAAGCAUACCAUUGACCAAUUUUCAGAUAACUAUACUUUAAAAAAAAAUGCUAUUGGUCUGCGGUUUCUAGAAAAUUCCUCUUUGGCAUGCAGCUCGACUACCAGAAGCUGGUUUCUCCUAAUUUAAUCAAUUUUUCAGUCACUCAGGUGCCCCAUGCCAUGUUUUCUGAUAUAUUAAAGCGUGGUUUCAAUCAUUAUUGAAGAAACUUCGAGUUCCUGAUUUGUUUAUCAACAGAUACGAUUUAUUUCUGUGUAAUUUCUAGUAUUGUUAUGUAAAGUACUGGAUCCUAAUCAUCCUUUAUUGCCUCAGUGAAUGGAAAUACAAUUUCAAGUCAGUAAUCCUUCAAUAGAACCUCUGUUAAUGAAAGAUUAUCAAUGAGAAACACAAA